AAAAUAACCACGAUUUAAAUGUUUCAUCAUGUGUAACGUGUAUUGCUGAUACGCACAUCUGUCGGUGUCAGUGCGCUCUUUCGUAAACUGUUCGCCGUCUCCUCCGCUUUAUUAGAAUUUUACCGCGUUUCGAAUUCCACAGAUUAUUAUUUGUAAAAACCGCUCGUAAUUAUGAAUCACGCAAUGCGUCAUGCGCACUAGGUUUGACUUCUCUUUGUGUGAUAUUUGUCAGCGUUGUGGAUGUACAAUUUGUGAGAAACCGGGCGAUUGACUCGAAUACACGAAUAUAUGCGCGCAAUCCGACCGAUUGAACCACAACUAAUCAAACUGUGUUCUUGUGUGUCCGAUGUCUAGUGCUGAAAUCGCAGAAAGCUCCGUCGAUCCCCCAGCCAAGAAACGGAAGCUUGAUUCGUUGCCGAUUUCAUCAGACAUGGCGAACAAUGGAGCUUCUGGGUCGUCGACGCGGCCGGCCCAGGACAUCGACGAGGGCCUCUACUCGCGCCAACUGUACGUCCUGGGCCACGAUGCCAUGCGCCGCAUGGCCUCCAGCGACGUGCUGAUUUCGGGCCUCGGCGGGCUCGGUGUCGAAGUCGCCAAGAAUGUCAUCCUCGGCGGGGUCAAGUCCGUCACGCUGCACGACGAAGCCGUUUGCACCGUCGCCGACCUGAGCUCGCAAUUCUACCUCACCGAAGCGGACGUGGGCAAGAACCGAGCCGAAGUGUGCUGCAAACAGCUCUCCGAGCUCAACACCUACGUGCCCACGAAGGCGUACACCGGGUCCCUUACGCCAGACUUCCUAUGCAAGUUUAGAGUCGUCGUGUUGACCAGCAGUUCUUUGGCUGAGCAGAUGCAGAUAAGCGAGACCACUCAUGCUAAUAACAUUGCUUUGAUUGUCGCAGAUACAAGGGGAAUCUUUGCACAGGUCUUCUGCGAUUUCGGAGAGUCCUUCACGGUUGUGGAUAUAAACGGCGAACCCACCGUAUCAGCGAUGAUUGCUGAUGUUUCCAAUGACAAGGAAGGAAUUGUAACCUGCAUCGAUGAUACGCGACACGGAAUGGAAGACGGUGACUACGUAACAUUUUCCGAAGUUCAAGGAAUGACAGAACUCAACAACUGUAAACCAAUUAAAAUCAAAGUUUUGGGUCCAUACACAUUCAGUAUUGGGGACACAAGUGGUUACUCAAAAUACGAAAGAGGUGGUAUUGCGUCGCAAGUCAAGAUGCCCAAAACACUCUCUUUUAAAUCCUUAAAAGAAUCAACAAAAAGUCCGGAAUUUUUAAUCACCGAUUUUGCUAAAUUUGAACAUCCGCAACAGCUUCAUUUAGCAUUUACUGCAUUACAUAAGUAUGUGGAAAAGCACGGCACGGUACCAAAACCGUGGAAUACUGAAGAUGCAGCAGAAUUUUUAACUUUGGCAAAAUCGUUGGCUGUGGAUGGUGGGAACGAUAACGAAGUGAACAUUAAUUUGUUAGAAACAUUUGCAAAAGUAUGUGCGGGUGAUCUAAAUCCGAUUAAUGCCACCAUCGGUGGUGUCGUGGCGCAGGAAGUCAUGAAAGCCUGUUCAGGCAAAUUUCAUCCCAUUUAUCAGUGGUUGUACUUUGAUGCCAUUGAAUGUUUACCAGCAGAAGCUGGAGAAAUCACCGAAGAGUCAGCAGCACCUAAAGGUACUCGUUAUGAUGGACAGAUUGCCGUUUUCGGAAGUGAUUUCCAAAAGAAACUGGGUAGUUUGAAAUAUUUUGUGGUUGGAGCGGGCGCUAUUGGAUGUGAAUUGCUUAAAAAUUUUGCUAUGAUGGGAGUGGGUGCUGAAGGUGGUCAGAUAACAGUUACAGAUAUGGAUCUUAUUGAGAAAUCUAAUUUGAACAGACAGUUUUUGUUCAGACCGCACGAUGUCCAGCGUCCCAAAUCGGGGACAGCAGCUAAGGUUAUUAAGAAAAUGAAUCCUCAUGUGAAUAUUGUUGCACAUGAAAAUAGAGUCGGCCCUGAAACUGAAAAUAUAUACGACGACACUUUCUUCGAGUCUUUGGACGGUGUUGCUAACGCAUUAGAUAAUGUAGACGCUCGUAUUUAUAUGGACAGACGUUGUGUUUAUUAUAGAAAACCUCUGUUAGAAUCUGGAACCUUGGGUACUAAGGGCAACACCCAAGUUGUAGUGCCUUUCCUAACUGAAUCAUACAGUUCAUCACAAGAUCCCCCUGAAAAAAGUAUUCCCAUUUGCACCCUUAAAAACUUCCCCAAUGCCAUUGAACACACGUUGCAAUGGGCUCGCGACAACUUUGAAGGACUGUUCAAACAAAGUGCUGAAAAUGCUUCUCAGUAUUUAACGGACCCAGAAUUUUUGGAACGUACUAUUAAACUGCCUGGAGUUCAACCAGUAGAAGUACUUGAAUCAAUUAAAAUUGCUUUAGUUGAUGAUAGACCAAAAAAAUUCGAACACUGUGUGGUGUGGGCACGUAAUCAUUGGGAGGAACAAUACUCAAAUCAAAUCAAACAACUACUUUUUAAUUUCCCGCCGGAUCAAUUGACUAGUACAGGUCAGCUGUUCUGGUCAGGACCUAAGAGAUGUCCAGAACCGUUAGAGUUUGACGUUAACGAGACAUUACAUCUGGAUUACAUCUUUGCUGCUGCCAAUCUGAAGGCCGAGGUCUAUGGCAUUCCACAAAACAGGGAUCGCGCCAGUGUUGCUGAAAUGGUGCAGAAUGUUACGGUGCCAAAAUUCGUUCCCAAGUCUGGUGUAAAAAUCGCCGUCACUGAUUCUCAAAUGGCGAUGACGAACGGAUCUAACGUGGACCUGGACCGAGUGAGUCAAUUGAAGGACGAGCUGCCUUCGGUAUCUGAAUUAGGUAGCCUCACAUUAACCCCAUUAGAAUUCGAAAAAGACGACGACACAAAUUUGCACAUGGACUUCAUUGUAGCCGCCUCAAAUUUGAGGGCUGCAAAUUAUAAAAUCCCUCCCGCUGAUAGACACAAGUCAAAAUUAAUCGCUGGAAAGAUUAUUCCAGCAAUUGCAACUACCACUUCAGUCGUUGGAGGACUUGUCUGUUUAGAACUGUAUAAAUUAGCAAGAAGCCUGAAAUCAUUGGAUCCUUUCAAAAAUGGUUUUGUUAAUCUGGCUUUGCCUUUCUUUGGUUUCUCAGAGCCUAUCGCUGCUCCCAAAUUGGAGUAUUGCGAAAAAGAAUGGACAUUGUGGGACCGAUUUGAAGUUGAUGGAGAAAUGACGUUGAGUGAAUUUCUUGAAUAUUUCAAAGAAAAACAUGGUUUGGAAAUCACGAUGUUGUCACAAGGAGUGUGCAUGCUGUAUUCAUUUUUUAUGGCCAAAGCAAAAGCACAAGAACGCUUGGGAUUACCGAUGUCUGAAAUUGUAAAAAGAGUUUCAAAGAAGAAACUGGAAUCCCACGUCCGAGCAUUAGUGUUUGAAUUGUGUUGUAACGAUGUUGACGGAAACGAUGUGGAAGUUCCAUACGUUAAGUAUAAUUUACCUUGAAUGGUUGCGUGUUAAGGCUGCAUUUUUAUUAGGGCAUUUAAUGACAGUUAUUAGGUGUGCACUAAAUUGAACUAUUCUGGGUAUUUAUCAGAUUGUGAUCUUGUAAUAAAUUAUUUAUAUUUUUUGCAAGCAUAAUACAAACUAGAACAUACGUUCUAUAGUUAAUUUGUUAUUACUUGCCCAGUGAUUUCUCUCACAUGAAUUUAUAAUAUUUGUGUUAUGGCGAGUGAACUUCAAUGAGCUAAUGCAAUAUAAUCGUAUGUAUGCCGAUAAUUGAAAACAUUGUAGGUCCAGGAUAGUGUUUAUUUUCUUAAAUAUUUUGAUGUGUGAAAUUUAAUAAAUAUGUUUUUAACAUGA